AUGGAGUGCACGUUGCGGCAGGCGUUGGGCAGCACCUCGAGAUGGGUGGAGCGGAACAAAUAUGGAGCCCAGCGCCGCGAAGAAGUGCGCGCUGUUUUGGCACCGCCCUCACGGAAAGCCUGCGGCCGCACGCGGGAGGGGCCCGCUUGGCGGAGGAUUGCCUCCCGCGGUCGUCGGGGCGGUUUUGAUCCAGCCAUUGCGCGGGCUUGGCUGGCAGACGCGAGGGUGCUUCACUGUUGCAAAAACAAGACUUACGGAGGUCGAGGCGGUGUCAGCGAGCACAUGGGGCCGAAAUGUGAAAUACCGCGUCCGCCGCCCAAGACCCUCGCUGGUGGGUCCCCCAACUCCUCUCCGGGGCAGUGGCGCGCUGCAACACGGCUUCGCCGGCGGCGCUGGAGCGCCUGGAGAAGUUCCACACCCGCGCCGCCAGCGUCAUCGCUGGCGUUCCCGUCGGGGCCUCUCGGGCGGCUGCUGAAAAGGAGGCUCGCCUUCUCUCGCUGGGAGGGCGCUGCGUCGAUGCGGGGUACCCAGUGCUAUCUGCAGUCGUGCGUACGCGGCGGCGAGUUACGGCGACACGCCGAGGCUCUUUUUCGCCUCCAACCCGACACACUCAGCCCUCCGCCUGAUGGCGGGUAA